UUUAAUUUUUACUGGACGGCGGACUUUCAUCAAAAAAGUUUUUAUUUAAUAAUUGUAUAUUUAAAAUGAUAAAAACGACGCCUUGGACUGGUGGUAUCGAUGAGGAAUACGAGACGCAACAUUUUGGCUUCGGAGCCCAAAGGCUCAAAAUUUCUAUUCGCCAAAUGGUUGAACAAAAAAUUCAAACUGGCGUUAAAGAUAUGGAAUCAUAUCUUCAAGAGUCAUUGGAUUUGAACGACAAAGACAAAAUUACAUUAACUCAUUCAUGUGAUAAACUUAUUCGUUUGUACUGUGAGAGGGCUGGACCAUCUCUUGGUAUAAUUGAUGAGGAAAUUGAUAAGAUUGUUAAAAUACCUCAUAAUGUGUUGUUGCCUGAAGAUGAAGUACAAUUAGAGGAGAUAUCUGAUGAAGAUUAUGAAAAGCUACGUGAAGAAGUUGUUUCUUUAAGAAAAAGAGUCGAAAGAGGCGCUCUAAUGGAAGCAUUAUUAACUGCUGAAGAAGAGGAGCUGUCAUCAGUGGAAAAGGUUUGCGAAAUAGCUAAAAAGGAUAUGGAAGUAUUAGAUUUGUUACAGAAAAAUUUAGAAAGUAGUGACAGUGUAAAAUCUAUUCAAAGUGAAGUUCAAUUCCUUUGUGCUAGUGUGCCUUUUAUAAAUAAAAAUGAACAACUUGAUAUGUUAGAUGAAUAGCAUUAUUUAAUUAUAGUAGUAAGUCUUGAUACUAAUAAAUAAGAAAGCAGCAUUUCAUGCAUCUCGCUCUAGUUAAGAUGAAGGAUUCAAAGCUAAUUCAGUCCUUACUCCAUGGAUUAGUUUAUGUGAUGUGGGAAAAAACAGCAGCCUGUAAAUGUCCCACUGCUGUACUAAGGUUUACUCUACUUUUUGAGGAGAAGGCAUAAUUUUUUCUUCACCAUACAGCUCCAAAAAUUUCUGCAUACUGACAAUUUGCUGUUGUGCACAAAAUAAUUUGUAAAUACUAGUUCAGUUGUUAAAGUUUGGCAGAUAAUAAAAUAUGACUUAUAUUUUAUUACUUCACUUAACUCUUAUAUCCUUAAUAUAUAUCCUAGAUUUCAAUUAGAUGGCAUAUCAUUAUGAAUUUGACAAAUAGGUUGUGAAUGGUCAUCAUAAAGAUAAAAUGAUUGCCAAUGCCUGUUGCAAUGAAAUUAAAAUGAAAGCAUGUAAAGCUGUUCGUCCUGCACCUGAACUCUUUUGGGUCAUGUUGGAUUGCCGUCCUAAUGGAUUAUGAGAGUUAGGGAAUAGAGAGUGCACCUGUGUUUGCACACACACAUGUGUACUAAAAUAUCUCCUGGGCAGUUGGCUAAUCUCUCUUGAGUUUGGCCGCCGUGGCCAGAAUCAGUCUAGAGGACAUUAUUAUUAUAUUCUGUAUGUAGUGUAUUUUGUAAGACUAUUUUGGAUUAUUUUAUAACAUAAUGUUACAUUGAUUAAAUGUGCUUUCAUUGAAAUAUUAAUUUCAUAUCUCAUGUAAAAACAAAAUUAUAAUUAAUUAAUGUCAUGGAUAUGAAAAAAACUAUGUGUGUAAACAGUUAGUCUUUUAAUGUAAAAACACAACUUACAGAAUAUUUUUUUUCUAAAAACUAAAUUCAUACAGACAUUUUUACUGCUACAUAAGUUACCAAUAACAUUACUUAGUUAUUUGAGUAUAUAUUCAACAAGAAUUAUGAAAUAAAAUUCAAUCAAAAUUGUAGCACAACAAAUCUUUGAGUAUACACAGACAUUUAGAUAAUUGAAACUAGUUUUUGUCUUACAUAGUACAUACAUGCAAUUUUUUUCAAAUUUGAUACCAAAAUAUUGUAACAUUUUUUUAAAUUCUGCCCUCAUAGAAAAGGCUAAGGUGCAUUGUGUUUCAUCAAUUUCUAAAAUAAAUCCAUAUUUUUUUUUAUUUUGUGAGUGUAUUUUUUAUCUGCAGUGAUAAUAUUACA